AUGGUAGGUUCUUAUGAUUUACCUAUUUUAGAAAGACUUUUUUAAGAUGCGGCCUGUAAAUGAUGAUGACUCUCGCGAUCUGCAAAAAAUGACGAGAAGUCGACGGAAAAAACGCUCCUCGGUUUGUAUAUAGAAAAAAAAACUUGCUGGAGGGUUUGAAGUUCUAGAGAUCUUGAAGCGUAGAGCCGUUUUUUUUUCCAUUCCUAAAUAAUUGAUUUUUUAAUCGUUGUCAAACACUUCAGAAAAGGUUCUUAAACAAACUAAACAGAAUGUUCUUUUCAGGCUCUAAAAGUCACUCAAAGAGAUUACCUCAAUAAUCAGGAUUUUUUGAUGUCAAAGUUGGUUUUUUUUUUUUGAUUUUAUCCAGGAAAGGAAAGAGAGUUUUUUCAGUCUUUACCUUGAAGAUGAUGAAGAUCUUGAUUUUGAUGGAGAUGAUGCAAGCGCAGACGAGACUAUGAGCGAUGCGGUAUUUCGAAAACUCUUCUAUCAAUUCUUAAUGUGUUUUUCCAGUUGUGUACUGAAUUUGACGAGGAAAUCGAGCCGAAAGUCAAUAUUACAACUCCGAAAAUAAAAUUGGCGAGUUUUCAGGCGUUUUGAACAGCUUUCAUAAACAAUUUUAGGCAUUUUCUUACUAAAUAUUACCCAAGUUUUGGGCCUUUCUAACAGGAUCGAACGUUAUCAUUUUGAAUUAACAAGCAUUUUGAACAGUUUGAAGAAAAUUGUCAAACAUUUUUUGUUCAAGCCUUUCUAACAUCAAAAAAUAUUUUUAAAUUUUCGGACAAUUUUAAACGAUGUUCUAGGCGUUUUGGCAAGCUUUGAAUAACAUUUUUAACAUUAAAAGUUUUUCAGAAGUUUUAGGCGGUUUCAAUACUCAUUUAAAAAAAUUUUUUUCAAAUUCAUUCUUUAAAAAUUUUGAACUUUUUGUGCUUUAUUUUAAUCAUUUUGGCGUUUUUUUUAUAGAACAAUUCUUAAAUCUUUACAAACUUCAAAAAAAGUUUCAGAUUUUCCAUUUUUCAUCUCAAUUUUUGAACUUUUGAUUGGUAUUUCUGAGUUUUCUGUAAGUUUUCAUUGAUUUCAGGUCCCCAAACGAAGAAGCGCUAGUUUCACCACACCCAGUUCCAAUUUUCUACAGCCAGAAUCGUAGAUAUUCUCGAAAAAAAUAUUCAGUAAAAAAAAUAUUUUUCAGCCCUCCGCCACCCAAAAAUGUUACUCGGAAGAAUCUUUUUAGGAGGACUCCUGAGGAACAAAGGUUAAAACAAUUUUUUUCUUUUUUUCUAAAUAAUGCAAUUUUUUUCGCAGGAAACUCGAAAAAAAUAUAAUUGGAGGCUUCUCGAAUUGUUCAGUCCAAAGACCAAGGACUUGA